UUUUGGUGAAUCCGAACAAUCACAAAACUCCCUAAAGUAGCUUAUAAGCCUCUUCUCCUCUCUCGCACCCAUGUUUUUAAUAAAAUCAAUCUCUAAAUAUCAAAAGCCAAAAUGGUCAUGUGUUUUGGUUUUUUUAAUUUGAAAAGAAAGUAUAAUAAAAUGGUCGUGGGCAAGGGAAAGGGGAGUAAGAGGUUUAGAAGCAAAAAAUGCCAUGUUGCCCAAGGGUUGUGCAAUUCAAGGAUGAUGUGUUCCUCUUGAAGGGAGAAGUUAUCACGUUUGAUGCCAGGCCUCAAGUAAUUGGUCCACCAGAGCAUGCAGCUCUUGCCGCACCUCAACUUUCCUGCAAUCACCAACUUCACUGCUAAAAAAUCCUCAGCUUGUGUCGAACAAUAAUACCCACACAUGACACAACCACAACAAGUGAUUACCUGGUGUGGCGCCGGCGAGUGGCGACGGGCGAUCGGUGAGUGUGCGACAAGCGCUGGAGGAGGCAAGUGCGACAGGUUCUACGUGCUAGAGCUUCGGUGGAAGACGAUGGUGGAUCCUGCGCUGGAAGGCCUGUCGCGCAGCGACGACGAUGGGUUGUUCUUCGAGAAGGGUUUCGGCGAGAUUGGAGAAGGUUGGGUGCUGGUGGAGGAUGGAGACAAAGGGAAUUAGGGAUUGCGGGGGGAAUUGGUUGGAAGCCACAGCCCGAUAACCCCCUUCCCCUUUUUUUGGGUCCAAAAUACUCAAAACGACGUCGUUUUGAGUGAGUGGCAACAGUUUUCUCAUUUGCUUGGAAUCGUACAAAAACGGUAUGAAAACGCGAUUUUAUCCGUUUUCACCGAUUUUAACGAUACUACAUACGCUUUUGAACAAUUUUGAGUGAAAAACGAUUUUAUUAGUGAUUUGAAACAUUUUUCUACCAUAGAAACGUAAAAUCGUCCGGUUUUACGCUUUAAAGAGCGAUUUUGACUACACUGGUCGAGAGUGAGCGAUUCAAUUCCUUGUUCUUUACACUCUUUACCCCGGUGAGGACCUAGAUGGCUCAGUCUUGAUUCUGAUGUCUUCAGUUUGAUGCAUGCAGUGACUGUCUUGAAUAAGUGGUUGAGUCGAAUCUAUGUUGAUUGGUGAACAGAAGGGAGACUCUUCCUUUACCCGAUUUUACUGCACUCGAAUGUCCUCUGUAGUGGUUGUCCAGGUUGUUAUUGAAGUUGUCCAUGUGUUAAUCACUAAGAGCCAGUAUGAUUCAUGUUUUUUGUGCCAAUAUGAUUUGUCCCAAUGUUUGCAUGGUCAAAAUGUUGUGAGCUUACCUUAUAUUUGACUUGGUUUGCUUGGGGACAAGCAAACAGUUAAGUGUGGGGGAAUUUGGUAGCGUCGUAUUUGCACAUGUUGGCACCCUUGUUCCUGACCGUUUUAGCUCGAAUUUGUGGUUCCUUGGCCUAUUUUACGCUAGGUUGUGUUGUUUUGUCAUAUCUCAGGUCCUAGCGAGUAAAGGGAGGCAUAGGCGCAAGUUUCAGGUCGUUUGGUGAGGCUGGAGCCAAAACACGGGCAGCCCUGACUGAAACACGGUCGUGUUCCACAUGCCGUGUUUUUACUGCCGAGAGCGUGUCUGAGAGGGCUGCUGAGGGACUAAAACACGGGCUGCAUGGAGGAAAAACACGGUCGUGUCACUCAUGGGGCACAACCGUGUUUUGAAGGAGACACGGGCGUGUCUGCCUUACUUGAGGCAAAACACGGGCGGGCAGAAGCAAAGCACGGUCGUGUCCUCAACCGUGUUUUGCCCAGAAGCUGGUUUUUGAGGCAGAUUCGAGCCAAAGGAGAAAACACACGACUUAUUGACUAGAAAACAGAGUUUUAGAGAGAGAAAGCAUGAAGAACAAACCCUAGGAGCUAUUUGGAGUGGAUUUCUCACCAUUGAAGCCCAGAUUGCAUCCCCAGGAGUGAAGAUCGACAUCCCAUAGCAGAUUAUCUCCAUCUUUAUGAGUAUGACUGCUCUGAUUUUUGUUUUCCUCUCUCUCUAUGGAGUAGAACUCUCUCUCACUUGGGUAUGAAGAACCCUAGUUCCAUGUGUUAGGAAUCUUGAUUGUAAUGACUUUGGAUUGAUAUACUGAUUGAUUUUAAUCGAUUGAUGCAUGAUUCAUUGAGUCAAUUGAAGCCUUAUCAUCUUUUCUUGAUUUCUACUGCAACCUGAGAUAGAUAGAAUCUGAUUAGGUUGUUAGAGCUCCAUCAAUCGGUAGUAGUAGAUUGGUUAUGCGAGAGUUAAUCGAUUUACUGCUUUGUACUGGAAACCAAUUCUAGUAGUGGAGUUCUGUGUUUAUUGCCUCAGCAGUCUAUCCCGGUGAAGGCUAGUCGCCUGCCAGUUAUUCUGUUUGAGAGGGCUUGGUCAGCUUAAAAGAGAUUCCAAGCUACUGUCGGAUCUUCUCCAGUUUAAUCAACAGUAAAUCAACCAAGGGUAAUUACAACUUUGACCUAACUAAGGAGCUAGGGGGACUCAUUCCUGAGUGACUCUUCCCCUGCUUAAGAACUUCGAACCAUUUCCUGCUUUCUUACUGCUUUUGCUUAAAACCACAAUCACUCAACUUAGUCUGCUAAAUAAUCACGGAAUAGGCAGUAGAUCUAGACCCUGGGUUGAUAAAUAGAAUGACACGCU